AUGGCAUCCGACCCGCAGAGGAAGCAAAGCAAGGCAGCAGUAGCACUCCCGGGAGCUCAUCCGUACACAUUGCGCCCCCUGCUCCUCGACGUACCGCUAUCUGUCGACGGCAGCGAUGGAGAUGUGAGGAUAAACUGCGUCGAUUAUUUUGACGGGAACCUCUACGUCGGCACCAGCGCCUCGGAGCUCCUCCACUUCUUCCGCAUCCCUCCCGACCCCGGCGAUUCCAGCAGCGCUGUCACCUUCAUCCUCGCGUCCCGUCUCCCUCCCGUCUACUCUGAACCUGCCGGCGGCUUCAAUGGCUCACGCCCGGGCGUGCAGCAGAUCCUGCUUCUGCCGAGGGUGGGCAAGGCAUGUGUCUUGUGCAACUGGACUGUUACCUUCUACUCGCUGCCCGAGCUCAGCCCCGUGUAUGGCGCGACCCAGGUGAGGAAUUGCAAUUGGAUCGGCGGCGUGGACUUGAAUGAGGGCGUCAGCGGCGGCAGCGACGAGAGACCAGCCGGGGUUACCAUUCUCCUGUCGCUAAACCGCCGCAUACAGGUGGUCAGGAUAGGGGAAGAGGAUGCCCGUGUCAUUAGAAAGAUCGAUUUCGCCGGGAGCACCCUGACAGUGCGCCGCGAUUCCAUCGCCUGCGUUGCUGAUUCCAGGAGUUAUUCUCUCCUGGACGUCGACCGGCAGCUCAAGAUUCCUCUGAUGAGCAUAUCAUCUUUAGAUGACUCACAGCCGGACGGCGGCGCAUUUGGCCAGGCCCAGAAUAUCGCUAAUCCCGCAGACGGCGGCCUGUCUAGGAGUGCCUCAUCAGCGACGUCGCGUGCCCCGGCUAGUUCCCACGGCCAUUCCCGGAGCACGAGCUUGGGCGACUUCAUCUCCGGUAUGCGGAGAAAUGACCGACAACCCGGAGAAGCAGAUGACCCCGUCUUCCAAGCCUCCGACGCGCCGGCCCCACCCCGCAGCCCGGCGCCGACGGACAAACCUCUACCCGCUCCUCCGCAGGACCCUGCAAACUCACAGCCUGCCGCUUCCAGGACCCCUCCACGAACAGCAACACCCCCAAUACAGACGACGAUGGCGUCCCCAAAACCUGGCUCCGUCUUUCUCAAACCACAUAUUGUGUCCCCUUCUGCAGAAGAGUUCCUCCUCGUUACCGGAACCGGCCCACUUGACCCAGGCAUUGGCAUGUUCGUGAACUUGGACGGAGAUCCGACCCGCCCCACACUAGAGUUUGACAGAUAUCCGCGUGAAAUUGCCGUUGAUCCAGGGUCAGCCGAUCUCACCUCCUCACGACCGUCGCUUGGGGCCGAAGAGGAGGGUUACGUCCUCGCAUCGAUGACCAAGGAGUUUGAGGAUGGGCUACAUCAUGGCCUCGAGAUACAGCGCUUUGACAUCAAUGUGGGCGAGGACGAGCCGGCGAAGUGGUGGCUAGAGGUGCGGCACGCGGCCGCCAAAGAGUCGACCCCCAGCACCCCAAUCGGCAUUCGACCGUUACUGCAGAGCGAAGAGAUGUUGUUCGAGGACGUUAUCGAGCGACUAUGCCAGAGGCGCUUCUCCCCCUUCAAGAGCCACCCAGAUACCCCGACUAUGUCCCUGAAAAGCAACGAUUCUCGCACUGCGCUCUCGAUACAGCGCCUCUCCCAGGAGAAGGAACUGUUCGACCAAUCAGACGAUGAACAACUACCACUAGGGUGGGAGGCCACGAGAAACCAAGAAGGAGAAGAGUUUGUGCGGAGGCUGGCAAAGACACCGUCCCGCUUGGCUGUCUGGGCUGGCGCGGAUAUAUGGUGGGCAGUUCGGAACCCGCUGUUGAUACAACUCGACUCUGCUCUCGAACUUGCCGCGUCCCAUGCUAAGCAGGCGAGUCCGAGCAAAGUGCCGACCAGGCGGCAGCUCCUUUCCUUGCUCGACGCCAUCAAAGACCGGGAAGCGACGACAGAACUCGAGUUCAUGACUCUCGGCUUUAUCAGGCAAAAAGCGAGCAUCAUGCUCCUAACAACGUUCCUGAGCUCCCCCGAGCCUCCGUUUACGGCUGCGGAGACGACAACCAUGGAAGAAAAUCUCGUUGGAGGCGAUUUGGACGCUAGGGUUGUCCUGUCCCUGAUACCGGCUCUGCGGAACGAAAUCGUCGUGAACCGGAGGGGAAUUUGGAUCUAUGGCGGAAUCAAGACCAUCGUCGAUGGCUAUAUCUCGACUGAGACGGAUGGGCUUGUCGUGCAAGGCAUAAGCUCCUUGGCUCCCAAUGUCCUCCAGUUCCUGAGACGCUUUCUCACGGCCUGGAGGAAGAAGAAGGGGUUCGGCAGCAUACCUGAUGAGGUGUUCCGAACGGUAGAUGCGUGCUUACUGUUGGUGCUACUGGAAUUAGACAAGGACACACCGGUGGGCCAGACUGGCAGGCAGGGUUCUGUACGGAAGGAGCUCUACGAUCUCGUCGACCAUGGGGUCGACUGCUUUGACAGAGCAGUGGAUCUUCUCGAGACAUACCGCCGCCUAUUUGUCCUCAGCCGGCUGUAUCAACAACGUAAGAUGGUCGCAGACGUUUUGGCGAUCUGGAGGCGCAUCAUCGAGGGCGAGGAAGACAGGGGCGGCGAGCUGGGCGACGGGGAGCAGCGUGUCAGAAGCUACCUCUCCAACAUCAGCAACCGGGCGCUGGUGCAAGAGUACGGUCUGUGGCUGGCCAGCCGCAACCCCAAGUUAGGUGUCCAAGUGUUCACUGAUGAGAAGGGGAAGGCACCGAAAUUCGAGCACACUCAGAUCGUCGCGCUCCUCCGAGAAAAGGCGCCAGACGCCGUGAAGUACUACCUCGAGCACCUCGUCUUCGGCAAGGGCAACACAUCCUACGUCAACGAACUCAUCACGUACUACCUCGACAUUGUCAUCACCGACCUACAGGCCUCCCCUGCCUCUCGGGACAACAUCGCCGCUUCCUACGACACAUACCGCGCUCUCCGACCGCCAAAGCCAACCUACCUGCGCUUCCUCGCCGACAACGCUCCGCCCAACAAUGAAGUCUGGCAGAGCCGCUUGCGGCUCCUCCAACUUCUCGGCGGCGGACAUGACUACGAUACCUCCGCUAUCUAUCGGCGUAUCGACGACUCCCUCUCUACACUAUCUCUAAGUCCAUCACCGCCCCAACCCGAAGUGAAUCAAACGAACGCCAACGGCGUGGGGUUCCACCAGCAGCAGCACCUCCUCGUCCCGGAGUCACUCAUCCUCGCCGGCCGCUCACGGAAUCAUCUCUCCGUGCUCCGCCUUCUCGUCCACCGCCUCGGCGACUAUGACACCGCCGUAUCCUACUGCAUCCGCGGUGCCGCAGCACUCACGCCCGCGGGAACCCGCCGUCACCGCCGCGACAGCGACAGCGACCUGCCCCCGACCUGGGAGCAGCAAACCCGGUUAUUUCGGAUUUUGCUGGGGGAGUUCCUCGCCUUGUCCGACCCGGACGAGAGGCUAGAGCAGACGAGUGCGUUGCUAGAGAGGUUUGGGGGUUGGUUUGACGUAGUGGAGGUUCUGGAGCUGAUUCCCGAGGGGUGGGCGGUGGAAGUUGUGAGUGGGUUCCUCGUCGCGGCGCUGAGGAGGCUUGUCUGCGAACGGCGGGAGGCGAUGGUGGAGAGGGCGCUCAGCGGAGUGGAGAAUUUAAGGGUGGGUUAUGAGUUUGUUGUGGAGACUGAGAAACGCGGUCCCCUGGUGGAGGGGGAGCAGCUUGAAGGAGGAGGUGGGUGUUUGGAAUAG